AUGGGAAAAGCCCUGGAACGUCUAACGCGCUCAAACGAUGUUGAUCUGGUCCUGAGAAUGCGCGGAAUGUCAUCCGAGAACCGCUUCGCCAGGUUCUCAACGGCUCGGACAUCCGAGCUCGGCAAUGCCAUGUAUUCAGCAGCCUUUGCAAUAGAAACAACUCGAUCCCGCGAGUUCGAGCGGCAGACUCGGAUCCGCUCAGUUCGUCAGCAUCCAUCUGCUUGGCAAACUCAAGCAGUCGUUCCUUCCGCGCUUCGUCGUCCAGAAUGGAUGGUCCAGGCGCAGCUGAGACCAUCGCCGAUAGCUUCUCGUCGGGCGCUUGAUGCAGCACAGCUUGUGCAGCAAAUCUGGUGCCGAGGUCUGACGCAACUGAGAAGGAGAGACCAGUGA